AUGACGUCGAUCGCCGAGAAUCACAGCCCUAGUAUCACCUUCGCCGGCGAUUCAGCCGAUUUUCCCAUUGUGAUUGCCGAUGAUCCUGCCAAGAGCCCCACCCAAGCUAUCAGCCCCGUGACCGCACAAAAGUCAGCCAACAAAACUGUCGAGAAAAAAUCCCCAGAGAAAGGGCCCAAGGCCUCGACUUCUGGGAAUCAAGAGGUCCGACGUUCUCGCCGCAUCUUCCGCCAGGAUGAAGGACUCGGCCGUUUUAUUAUUCCCCCCGGAUACUUGCUUUCCAAUGAAAUCAAUAUCAAGGACCACCACCGCUCUUAG